AUGACUAUCUAUAUAUCUACAUCCCGCUACAAACAGGAUCAUGACAGGAACAUCAGGCUUCUUACAUAUCCUAUCUCAUCCUACGAACAGGAGUGUCACGAGGACGGCACGGUAGGAGAGGCGCUCCUGGUCCGUUGCGGAUCUAUCGAAGCAGGAUUUGCGUACGACCUUCCUACCAAGACACUGACGGUCCACAUCCUACAGGCGAAGGAUGUGCCGAGCAAGGAGCGAGGAGGAGCUGCCAACACUCAGGUGCGGAUACUGCUCUUGCCAGGCCGGAAACAGAAGCACAAGACACGAAUUCGACCCGGGGAAAACCCGCAAUUCAACGAAGCUUUUGUGUUCACCAAAGUCAACCCAGAGGACGUCCAACAGCUCGGCGUCCGGCUGCGGCUUUACGGAUGUGAACGAAUGCGACGCGAGAAGAUGGUCGGAGAGGUGAUCGUUCCCUUCGCCAACAUCAACCUCACCCUCGGCAACACGUUUUGGCUCACCCUCGAACCCCGAGCGAACCUAGCUCUCCGCAGCAGCAGGACGGAGGUCUGCAGCCUCACCCGAAGCGACUCCACAGGCUCCACCCACUCGGUCCACAGCGGCGUGCCCGAGCUCCUGGUAGGACACUACAACGGGACGACGGGGAGGCUGGCGGUGGAGGUCAUCAAGGGAUCGCAUUUCAGGAACAUGGCGAACACCCGAGCUCCUGACACGUACGUGAAGCUGGUGCUCAUGUCCUCCAGCGGUCAGGAGAUCGCCCACAGCAAGACCUCGGUGCGGCGGGGACAGCCCAACCCGCUGUUCAAGGAGACUUUCAUGUUUCAGGUGGCACUGUUCCAGCUACCUGACGUGACGCUCAUGGUGUCUGUGUACACCAAGAGGAGUAUGAAGAGGAAGGAUAUGAUUGGCUGGUUCGCUCUGGGCCUCAACAGCUCGGGAGAAGAGGAACUAGCUCACUGGAACCAGAUGCGAGACUCAAAGGGAGAGCAAGUCUGUCGCUGGCACGUUCUUAUCGAAUCCUAAGACACUCUCUCGACCGAGAUUCCCUGCCUUCUAGCUUCGAGUGUAUGAGGGGGGAGCAUCCUCAUUGAAGGCGUCAUCAUUUACCUUGGACACGCCUGGAGGUUUUCACUGAAAUAUGCUGAAGAGUUUUUGAGUCUUACCUUUCUCUAGGCCGUGCAAAAGGGGCGCUAACUUGUUUAAUGCACUGUUCACCUCCCUCCCUCUUCGGACGGAAGGCCUACCUUGGUUUCGGCCGUACCUUGAGUCUUUCCCUUGUUCUUUGUCACAUUUUGGGUCUCAGGUUCUCCCUGACUCUUGGCCUCUUGAGUCUGGGUUCACAUUCGACCAUACAUCCCACUGCUGGGGUCGCUGACCUUGCAAAUGGAGUGUGUGUCAACGCAUCAUCUCCAGAGUUACACAUAGCAUUGCAAUCUGCCUCACAAUGUCAUUAGCUUGUAUUUAUUUGGUUACUGUUUCCAGCCCUUUCUUGAAGAGUAUAUAGUGGUUCAAAAGAACAAUAAAUAGAUAUCAUCUUGAGACAUGUGAUAUUUUGUCUUGAGUGUGAAAUCUUUAUAUAAAAUUAUUCGUAAUAAUGGUUAAAAAGAUGCCUGGUACAUUCCAAAAACAAAGGCUUUAAUCUGUGAUUUCUCAGAGUAUAUAUAUAAUAUUUAUUGAUCAAAAAUACUGUAGACACUAUGAAGACGGAGCUGGUCUCCCAUACUGUAUCGUCCCUGUACUGUACCUUGUCGUUACUCUUUAUAUUCACAAUCCCUCCCUGCUUAGCUAGAAAUACGAACUCUGACGUCACAACGAGCAUAAGAAACCGUGAUUGGCUGCUUCGAGUGGAGGCUCGUGUCCACUCUCACGAUCGAUCGCUUCUGUGCUGAUUUCAGAAACGGCAAAUAUUACUCGCAUUUCACACUAAUACAAAAUAUUGCCAAACUGCAAAUCCUCUUUGAAACCAAUGCCUUUUUUGGGAGGAAAAUGCAUGUAGAAUCCUUAGUACAUCUCUUUCUUUAUCUUCUUUAUCUUCAUGGUCCUUCCUGUGGGUUCGUUUAUCUUCACCCUUCUGUUUCGAAGCAGUUUCACUUGGCUUGGUUCACACGUGUUAGGUUUAUGUCUUCCUGGUUAAGAGAUGUAGGUCUUUAACUUUGAGAACUAUAUUAUCAUGUUUCAAGAAUUCAUCCAGCAUGUAACUUAGAAACUUUUAUAUGUAAGGUGGAUGUUUUUGUAUAUUCAUUUAUUCAAGAACCAAAAGAAUAAUAAUCAGCAGCAGCAGCAACGUAUGUGUAUAACUUUUUUAAUCCAUCUCGCAAGCAGAUCAGUAUAGGUGACAUAGUUUGUAAAAGUGUCUCCGUGUGUUCCAAGAGUGAAGCACAAGAACACAACAAGAAGAAAAAAAGUUACUGGUUGUAGUGCUCUUUAGUCUGUUCACCAGGGUCGGAUUCGACUCUGCAAUAUAAAGGAGAGUAAAUGAUUUCGCGAGAAAUGCUGAAUUUCGAUAUUAGCUCUAGAGACGUAAAGAGGUUUGAACUAUUGUAUGCAUUGUGUUUUAAACCCCUUGGAUAGAUUAUACCCUGUAAACCUCCCUGCAAGAGUCGAUAGAUGACAGAAAUCUCCCACUGCUUAAAAUCACGUAUCACUGCAUUCUUAAUGUCACACAUAUUGUGCAACAUUUUGGCCCAUUGCGAUAUAUCUCAAGAGACUUGGCUGCACCUGCAUAACAAUAUUUUGCACGAAAAUAAUGACAAUCAGACAUUUACAGCAACUUUUCCAAAUUUACCAAUCGGGAUAGCAGUUUUCCUGAACAUGUUUUAAACUCGUUGGUUUGAAGGAGAAAAAGAUAUAGAUAUGUAAAUAUUAGUAUACUUGGACCCCUCUGGAGGUACCUUAAGCCUAUUCUGUAAGACGAGGAAGACGCCUCAGAGAACUAAGAUCCUUAAUGAGAGUCCAACCGCGAUUUAUCUUUUUCCCAAAGUAAAUAAAAAGAAAAUAUAGCUAAAAAAAAAAAAUGUGCUAAACCUAUCGCUAAUUAUUGUCUUCAACAUUGCAAGUGAAAUCGCUGUUGUCUUGUGAAGGAUCCAUCUCCAUGGGCUUCUGCAAGGCGUGUGUAAUCACGUUGAUGGCGGGGAGUGAGGAGUAGAGAAGCCUUUGGUUAGUGGAGUGAAUAACCCAGCUCUCUUUAAGUGGAUAAAAUGUAUAAUGCUGUGUAGUCCUUUGCGAGAGCCUGGGAGAUUUAUGAUGAUAUACCACGGCUAGUUAUUGUGUCUAUUGGCAGUCUAUUCGGUAUUGAUAAAACAUUUUUUUUCUGAUGUGCACUGCUUACAUUGCAUACUAUUGCAUAACUAAUUGAUAUGCACACGAUACGCCUCAAUGGUGUUGCUCAUUGGGCGAUGAUCUCGAAAACAACUUGGGUAUUCAUUCUCAAAAAGAUUUUCCUGAAAUGAAAAGAAUUUUUUCACGAUUGAAACAAAGGCAGCCAGUCUCUCCUCUCCCGCACAGCUUCUAAAGCAUUUCCUUGUGCUUGUUACUUUUAAAGUAAACAUUUUCUAGUGUUACAUUAUUUUUGUACUGACAUUUCCAUAUAAGUCUGUACAUAUGUCUACUCUUUGUCUUUUUGCAACACAUCAAGUUACGUGUUUCAGGUUCUAGUCUUCGAGGUUUGUGCUCUAUAUAUUGUAUGUAAACAUAUAUGUAUUGUGUAUGUACAUAUUGCAUUCUUUCAUAUUGCUCCCCCGUGCUCCCAUCGCCACUACGCUUAACAAACGCCUACUUACGCAGGUUUUCAUUCAUAAAAGCCUUGGCUCGGUCGACGGCAGGAUUAUCGCGCUGCUCUCUUCAUCAUCUUCUUC